UCAUCACCUCAUCCAUUUUAUCAACAAUACCACUAAACCAUAACUCUUAAAAAAACCAAACAAAUUCUACUCAGCCACACAAAUUUAUCAACUCUGCCAUGGCUGGUUUGUUGGAAACUAUCGCAGUUCCUCGUGCCGCCGCCGGCGCUGCUUCGCCGUCGUUGUCUCCUGUUGCCGGUCGCCGGUCUUCUGUUAAAUUCUCUGUAUUCAAUGGUCUUAAGAUCCAGUCGACUCGUUCAUCAGUGUCCUUUAGCUCAUUUACAAAAUCUGUUCCCCGUAGAGGAGGAAGAAUCGUCUGUGAGGCUCAGGAUACUGCUGUUCUAGUGCCUGGUGUUAAUGAUCAAUCAUGGGAGACUCUAGUAAUUGGGUCUAAGUUACCUGUUCUGGUUGAAUUUUGGGCUCCAUGGUGUGGUCCAUGCCGAAUGAUUCACCCGGUUAUUGAUGAACUAUCACAGGAAUUUGCUGACAAGUUUAAAUUCUUCAAGGUGAACACGGAUGAAAGUCCUGGCAUCGCGACCAGAUAUGGGAUACGAAGUAUCCCAACCGUCAUGAUUUUCAAGGAUGGAGAGAAGAAAGAUACAGUCAUUGGUGCAGUCCCUAAAACAACGUUGACGGCCUGCAUAGAAAAAUUCUUGUAAAAUGGUACAGAUGUAGCUCUUUUAUAUUUUCCCUCUUUGCCUUUGGCACUGCAAGAAUUAUAACUUGAUAAACCUGAGAUUCGUCUGUAUAGUUGUGUUAUGCUAUGUUUCUUCUUUGGCAUUAUGUUUGUUCUUCAA